AUGGCCACCUUGGACGCAGCUAUGCCAGCCAACAUGACCGGACGUCGGUCUCCUCCUCCGCCGACAGCCGCAGCUGCAGCGGCGACGUCGCAGUCUAAGAGAGAUAGGAAGCGUCAGCUCCUCAUGGAGCGUCUUGCCAGCAUGAAUGAACGCUUCCAGCGCGACAAGGACCUGACCUACCGGGACCAGCUGCAGAAGAUUCAGCUAGACACGAAGCUGAUCCAGCGAUUCGACCCUUAUAGCCCCAAUGCACUCGACAUCAUUGCUGACCUGCAGAGGGAGCAUGACCAGAUGCAGGGUGCUCCCGUCAAUGCCGAGAACUCUCGCAGUCUCCUCGACAUGGCCGGCAUCAACUUUCACAACUUUCUCGCAGAGAUUGAGGACCUGAUCGAGGUCCGCGACUUCCAGCUCACCGAGUCCAAGAACGAAUACGAUCGAAAAGUCCGAGAAUACAAAAACGUCCACGCGUACAAGACAGAGACGGCCAGACGCGAGCACCGGGCCCUCACCAGCACCCUCCGCGACCGACUCAUCAAUACGCUCACGCAGAAGAAGAAUCGGCUCAACCGGGAGAAGGAGGUGCUGGAGAUCAACGAUUCCCAUGCGCUCCUCCUCAACCCCAACCAGUUCAGCAUCACCAACCCUUCCAGCCCCGGCGGCGCCCACGGCAAGCGGGCCACGCGCCUCCGCAAGGACGCCGAGGAUCUGUACACGGACAGCAGCAAGAAGCGUAAGCGCAACGGCGGCGGCGUCGGCGGCGACGACGACGGCUCGCCCGGCCCCUCGCGCCGCGGCCUCGACGCCAACAGCACCACGCCCCUCUGGCAGUCGGAAAAGGCCCGCGCCGCCGCCAAGCAGAGCGGCCCCCUGUACAGCAUCGACAAGCUCUUCACCGACAAGGAGCUGUCCCUGCACUACAACAACGCCGCCAUCGCCGCCCACCAGUACAUGCUGCGCAACCGGGUCAACGGCGCCUCCCCGGGCAUGGACGACAGCGACCAGGCCGGCGCUGGCGGCGGUCUCGGGGCCGACGACGACCUCGAGUCCCUGCCCUCGGCCGCGCCCGCCAUGGAGCGCCAGGUGUCCCACGCCACCCGCAGCACGCGCGGAGCCACCGCCGCCGCCGCCGCCAACAACCAGAACUUCCUCGACGACCGCAUCCUCGGCAUCGAAGGCAUCGCCAACUUUGAGGUCCCCGGCAACCUGGACCUCAUGCACGCCCAGGAGCCGCCCAAGGUGCCGCCCCCCGUCCCCCAGCAGUACCUGAAGCCCUACCCCCGCAGCGCCGACCAGAACUACCCCGUCCCCCUGUCCCAGGAUGACAUCCAGUCCGACCUGGCCAUCAUCAACACCCUGAAGCAGUAUGACAUGGCCCACAAGCCUGGCGCCCACCUCGACGCCUCGUCCAGCCUGCGCAGGGUCCUGGAGAACGUCGCCGUCCCCUACCACCAGGGUCGCUUCGUCGCCCUCACCUCGGCCCCCCGCGACGACGCCGAAUCCGUCACCGACGCCCUCGGCCUGCCCAUGUCCAGUCUGCGCGACCAGCAGAACAGCCCCUCUCUGCAGGGCGGUGCGCCCAUGAGCCGCCAGAGCAGCCUGGGCGGUGCGGCUAUGAGCAGGCAGGGCAGUACUAGGGGGCGUGGAAGGAGGAAUUGA